AUGGCAGCAACUCCCAGCAUGUCAGUAUCCAGCCCGCAAUUUGAGAGUUUAUACAACGAAAUGUCCACUUUCGUGGAUACGUGUAUGUCGGGCCAUGACCCUUCCCACAACCCGCCCCAUGUUCAUCGGGUGGUCAAACUGGCUCUCAAAAUCCUGGACGCAGAACGCCAGCUAGACCCACAAGCACAGUACUCCGGCACUGUGGUGAAGCUUGCUGCCCUGCUUCAUGAUAUCGGGGAUCGAAAGUACUUGCCAAACAUGUCGACGGAUACAGCCGUGGCAGCGUCUUUGGAUCCAAAGACAAUGGUCGAACAUGCACUAUUGCAGCGUGGUGCACCCGCAGACCUAGCCUCCAGAGUACAGACUAUCGUCUCUCAUGUAUCGUAUUCCACAGAACGCAAGGAUCCCUCCGUGAUCCGACGACUGAUAGAUCAAGAGGGCUUGGUAGAGCUGGCAAUUGUGCAAGAUGCCGAUCGACUGGACGCGAUAGGGGCUAUUGGCAUUGGGCGUUGUUUUACCUUUUUGGGGGCGCAAGGAAAGAAAUUUGCUGGAGAAGGCGGGUGGGUCAUGAAUAAUGCAAUUGAACAUUUCGAAGACAAGUUGGUGAAAAUAGAGGGCAUGAUGAAAACGACGACGGGCAGGAAGAUGGCUCGAGUGCGGACAGAGAGAUUGAAAGUCUUCGAGGGAUGGUGGGAAGAGGAGAUGGCGGAGGCAGCUUAG